AUGAACGGACUUUUGCUUCCCACCGGCUCAAAGCAGCCUUUGCGAGGCGACACCUCCAAUCUGUCCAUCUCGCUUCCCGCUAAGCUCAAGGUGGAAAGCUCUACCUUCUCUCCGAACCAUGUCAAGGUCGAGCACCUAUCCCCCCCCUCUCCAAGGGUGCCGACGACCACCGGCUUUGCCGGCAUCGUUGGCAGCUCUCGUCCAUCUGUUAAGUCGCCUCAGUCUCGCACAAGUUUCCCUACUACAAACAGUGUGCCAAGUGGCAUCCGCAACUCGUCCGUAUCGAAUCGCGCAGCUUCACUUGCAUUCAUUCCAAGAACGUCUCGCAACUCGGCGGCCGUCCAGAAACCCAUCCAUCUCUGCUCUGAGUUCGAGCUCGAGCAGAGACUUGAUCGAAAUGAACGCAUCCUCUCGACACUAGAGGCAACACCGACGCCUACCAAGGACCGACUUCGAGCAGAGACGGAAAUCCUCCGUGACGCUAUCCGCUCACUCCGUGCCAUGCGUGAAGUCAAUGAUGGCAUCACAACGGUACAACUCAGCGAUCCAUCCAAGGAGGCUGAGCUUGAGUCCGCCUUGCUCGGCUUGUCCGUGCACGAAGCAUCCAAUCUCGGCACCAGUCCUCCCUUGGAAGCAUUUGGCUGGUCUCGAGACACCGUUGCGGUCAAGAAGAAGCUGGCACAGUCAUCUGGUGCUUUUCAACCUGGUCGAAAGGUCCAGGCCAUGGGCUUUGAGCAAUCCAUUGCUAUUCAGAACGCGGCGAUACUCGCAGAGCGCGAACGUGAACGCAGGAUGGAAGAGUCACGGCUCAAGAGUGCAGCAGCGCCGCGUGACAAAGCCUCGCUGGGUGUGCCCAGUGGAGCAGCUCACAAAUUGGGACGCAAGUCGAUCUCUUCCUGUUCCGGCUCCAUGCGCAAGUUCUCUUCACCUCAUUCUGUCUCGCCACCAAAAGCUUUGCGCGCAGGUGGACCCUUGGCCCGCAACCUUGACUCUGGUCCUGAGCAUGAUGCUGCACUCGAAGGCGGCGACCGUGAUCAAGACAAUGCUGCUCUCCACGAUAUGCCUGACGACGAAGAAGACGAGGAUCCUCAUCUUGGCCCGCGUCACGAAGACGAAGGCUUCAGCUUUGGUCGUCUCGGCGACGAGGAUCCAUAG